UACAAAACUCACAUUUACCGAACAAGACGUAUACCAUGAAACUUAUCAGUGCUGUGAUACUUUGCGCCUUUUUGGUGGCAGUUUUGGGCGCAGAAAACAAAUACACCAGCAAAUACGACAACGUAGAUGUUGAUAAAAUCCUCAAUAAUGACAGAGUUUUGACGAAUUACAUCAAGUGUUUGAUGGACGAAGGGCCGUGUACUUCCGAAGGACGAGAACUGAAAAAAACUUUACCAGAUGCAUUGGCUAGUGGUUGCACGAAAUGUAACCAAAAACAAAAGGAAACAGCAGAGAAAGUUAUCAGACAUUUAACACAGAAGAGAGCCAGAGAUUGGGAACGUCUUUCAAAGAAAUAUGAUCCGGAAGGUCAAUAUAAGAAACGGUACGAAGAACACGUAGGUUCAUCACGGGCUGCCUAACCUCACCACCUUCACUUGCUUUCAUUCUGUAGUUUCAUAUUUUUGUAUUCUAUCGAUUUCACCCCUCUAAUUUCUAUUCAUUUGUUUGUUCAAUACUUUGUAUGAAAUGAUUACAAAAAUAAUAAAAGAUUAUUUUUAA